CUGAGUUGAAAAUUGUGACGUUGUUGCAUAAUGGAUGUCAUCUCAUUCUAGUUUCCAUAAUAUGCUUUAAGUAAAUCGUUCUUUUUAACUUUUUAUUCAUAUUUAAUAAUUUGUAAACCCAGCGAAAUAGCUGGGAUUUCUUAAUAACUAUAUAUGUACUUAAGCAUGCAUAUCACAUGCUGUCCCUAUAAGCUGUGCUAAGGAUCUUGUUUUCUGAAUCUAUUACCAGAUAACAGAGGGUAAUUUAUGGCUUAAUGAAACUUGCGGUGUUGUUCCAAAAAAUUCGUGGUUGAUUGAUCUUUUCGGAUACUCUCCAACAAUGGCAUACCUUUUUCGUCGUAUGGGUUUCGAGAAUAUGCUCAUACAGAGGACACAUUAUGAAUUGAAGAAGGAACUGGCUUUGUAUAGAAAUUUAGAAUUCGUAUGGCGGCAGAGCUGGGAUGCUGAAGAAACAACUGACAUGUUUGCUCAUAUGAUGCCCUUUUAUUCAUAUGAUAUUCCACAUACUUGUGGGCCUGAGCCUGCAAUAUGCUUUCAAUUUGACUUUGCUAGAACCUAUGGCUUUACGUAUGAGCGCUGCCCUUGGGGAGAAUAUCCACAGGAGACCACACCAGAAAAUGUUAAAGAAAGAGCACUAAAGCUGCUGGAUCAAUACAGAAAGAAAUCAACACUAUAUCGCACAAAUACUCUUCUUAUUCCCCUCGGAGAUGAUUUCUGCUAUGUCACCGUUGAUGAGGCUGAAGCUCAGUUCAGGAAUUAUCAGCUUCUGCUUGAUUAUAUCAAUUCUGAUCCGGACUUGAAUGCAGAAGCAAAAUUUGGUACCUUGGAAGAUUAUUUCCGGACUCUUCGUGAAGAGGCUGAUAGGGUAAAUUACUCCCGUCCAAAUGAGAUUGGUUCUAUUGAGAUUGGUGGGUUUCCUUCUCUUUCAGGCGAUUUCUUCACAUAUGCUGACAGACAGCAAGAUUAUGUUAGUCACGCUAAUAAUCGGUAAUAGUUGCAGUAUUUUAUUAAUAAAAGAGACGUAAAAUAACAAGAACAGUCCAAUCUAGAGAAAGAUAGUGGGUUUCUCUCUCUAGCCCAAAGCCCAGCCAAGACUUACUGAAUUCCAGCCUGUCCCUCUUAUUUCCCACCCUAACAUAUAUAUAGCAAACAAAACCCGCUCAUUAAUUAUUCCCGACUAUUCCCGUUCCUCCUUCCCCUUCUUACAUAUACCCUAUCAAAAUAUUCUACACCCCUUGUGCUAUCAGAUUACUGGAGUGGUUAUUAUGUUUCUCGGCCUUUCUUCAAGGCUGUUGAUCGUGUGUUGGAGCAAACCCUCCGCGGUGCUGAUAUGAUGAUGGCUUUCCUAUUAGGUCAUUGUCAGAAACCACAAUGUGAGCGGUUACUUACCGGAUUUUCCUAUAAGUUAGCAGCGGCUAGGAGGAACCUAGCGCUGUUCCAACGUCAUGAUGGGGUUACUGGUACAGCUAAGGACCACGUAGUUAAUGAUUAUGGGGUGAGAAUGCACAUAGCUUUGCAAGAUCUUCAAAUUUUCAUGGGAUUCGCCAUGAAAAGAAUGAACAGAACCCAACUCAGUUUGAGGCUGCACAAGUGAGAUCUAAAUACGAUGCUCAGCCAGUGCACAAAGCCAUGUCUGCUCAUGAAGGGACAGUCCAGACUGUGGUGAUAUUUAAUCCACUAGAGCAGACAAGACAUGAAGUUGUGAUGGUAAUUGUUGACAGACCUGAGGUGAUAAUCUUGGACUCAAAUUGGACAUGUGUGAGAAGCCAGAUAUCUCCAGAGAUGCAACAACACUACAGCAGCAAGGAGGAUGAAACAUUAUUCUCUGUAGACAUCGUGUAUACUGGAAAGCUUCGGUCCCCCCAUUAGGGUUGCAAACUUAUUAUGUCGCUAAUGGGUUUGCCGGUUGUGAAAAGGCCACACCAGCAGAGGUCAAAUGGUUCGUGCCUUCUUCCAAUAUUUCUUGUCCCAAACCAUAUACUUGCUCAAGAAUGGAGGGUGAAGAAGCAAUAAUCAGUACUCGGCAUCAGACGUUGACAUUUAGCAUGAAGGAUUGUUACAGAGAAUUAGUCAUACCAAUGGCCGCCAUAAUGGCAUUGCUUUGUUUGUAACUAGUAAAAGAAGUUGCUCUCUGGUUCAUGAAUCAUGACUCUUCGAUGACCACACAUUCAUUUAUUUUUUAAUAGACUGAGAUCGUUCAUGACAAUAUGUAUUCUGAUCCCUGGGAGCUCUGCCAAGCCUCACCACUUUAGGGCUACAAAUAACCCAGUAAGCGAUAAAGUUCAGCAUUUCCUUUUUUCUAUGUUUACUCGGAUGAUAAUAAUGGACAGAGUUGUUUAUUGGGUUCUGUUUCACCGGCUCCAUGGAGAUGCUCCGAAGAGUUCUUUUUGCAUCUAAUUAGAAACAGAGAUCCUCUGAAAAUAGAGUGAGUAGAGGGUAAUUUCCUCUUCUGCCCAAAAUACAAUUAGCUGCUACUAGUGGAUGUCACAAGGUUCUGGUCAACUUCUCUAUUCCCUUUUUAAAAGGAAGACCCAGUGUGCAUGUUGUAGAGGUUUCCAAAUAUAUGGUCUUCGCGAUUAGUACGCCAAUUGCUACGUUGGAAUCCUGAGGAUCGACCGAGUGUACAUAAAAGGUUUGAGUUAAUUUGCAUCCUUUGUGUAUACGGCGGCCUAUUUGCUAUGGUUCAACAAAUAAAUGUCGACUGUUCGAUGAUUGUAAUAAAGAGAUGAGGAACUGUUGACUUGCUCAAAGAAGUGAAUACCUGAAAUGAUUGAACACAAUGUAAGUAGCAGAAAAACUGCAUCCUACAAAUGUGAUUUGACUGUAUCUUGCUUUGACAAUGUACCCCACCCCUUGUGAAACAUGUUAACUCUUGAAGUUUACUAAACUAAACUUCAGAAUAAUAAUGAUCAAACUUCACUUACUAAUCAAAACUUUGAAAUAUUAAUAUUAUCAUAGUCAUUAUAACUACUUAAUUAUUCCUACUACUGCUGUCGGUAGACUCGGUACUAUCCAGAAUUGUUGAUGCUAAUCCGUGUCAUUACUCUUGACGAUGCUAAUCAAGUAUUGCUCCUGUUCGCUAUUUAUCUCCACAUAUGACUUUUCAUGGUAAUCUUGAAAACGAAAAUGUGUCGAGAUUUUUCAUUGAAAUGAAACAAAAAUGUGAGCCUCACAGUUCUUUCAAUAUAAAAAGAUAAUUUAGGGACCAAAAGGAAGUCUGAAAUCGGCAACUUGGCAAAUAAGCAUUAUAUUUUUUUAUGAACAUAAGAGUUAGCAAGUUAUUACGUAUUCUGAAUUCACUCAGGGAAAAAUUGUUUUCCUGGGGGGGGGGGGGAGAUUAAAAGGGAAACCGGGAAGAAGAAGAAGAAGAAAGGGGAAACGGGUAAAGGGAGAGAGUAGAAGGAAGGAACGGGAAAGAAUAGAAACUUAAGAAAAUAGAAAAAUAAGUUGUAUAUCCAGUUAUAUAAUUAAAGCACCAGUUAUUUUAAUUCUUCUGCCUCCAGAUAUAUUUGAAACUUGAAAUCUAGUCUUGCCACAAGGAUUUUAUUAUUCUCCAACUUCGUUUCCUGAACUUCUUCUUUUAUGGUCAUUUGCUUUGAAGACAAGGAUCGUGGGAGAUGCUUGGAAGAAUAUCCAAGUUCUUUUUUGCUCAGGUUUGAAUUAGAUUAUAAGACGCCCUUCUGUCAUCUGUCAGGCACCCUUUUUAAAUUAGAAAUUACUCUGUCAGUCAUUUUUACCUUAACCAUCAAUGGAACAAAGCUGAUUACGAGUACAAUUCUGAAGUAUGUUAAUUUCACUUCAUCUACUAUUGAGUUUCUUCUUUCUGACUGUUUAUUGGUCUAUCUUCCCUUUCCCUGUAACAUCCUUCGUGGCUGGUGUGUAUAUUAUGAAGUAUGUUGAGAUAUAUAAUAGCCUCUCAGAGUCACAGGUAUAUGUUACUCCUGUUCGCUAUGUAUCUCCACAUAUGACUUUUCAUAGACAUCUUGAAAACGAAAAUGUGUCGAGAUUUUUCAUAGAAAUUAAACAAAAAUGCAAUUCUUUCAAUGAAAAGAGAUAAUUUAGGGACCACAAGGAAGUGUGAAAUCGGCAACUCGGCAAAUAAGCAUUACUGUAUAUUUUUUUAUGAAUGUAGAAGCUAGCAAGUUAUUUUAUAUUUUGAAUUCAUUCAUAUUACUGGUGAAUGUGGCUUAGUUGUUUUCCAUACACAUUACACAUACUUCUUGGGAAACACAAAGUUAUAAUAUCUUCUCGCUUCCCUUUCCAAACAGAAAAAGGAAAAAAGAGUGAGGUGAACAAGAUAUUUUAUGAACUUCCUCCCACCUCUAAUCUAUGUGGCUGAUCUGUAAGCAUCUACAAUGUUAGUGUGUUGGGCUUGUGAUGCUGGAACUAAUAUUAGGAUCACCAAAUGUGUUCCGGAUAAGUUUUAGGACACAUGCUCAUUUGGAUCAGCACCUAGAAGGGUGGAAUGAAAGCUUAAAAGAGCUUGCAUUCAAGUAAGUUCUGAAUACAAGCACCAACAACAAAGGAUUUGGUACAUAAACCCUUGAGAUGAUCUUUCAACGUUAUGAUGUCCUCUAUUAUAUCUGCAGUUCCUACUCUAUGAAAUGUACCAAGUGUGCUCUUGGAACCAUAAUGUCUUUUUACACCCUUCUAUUCAUGUCAUUUUUAGUCUACCGUGGGGCCUUUUAAAUCGCUGGCAAUCCAGGACUCCACUCUGCGUAAUAGGGAUUUAGGGCACUACCUACUCGUCGACAAUCACACCCUCCUUCUCACCGAUCUCCUUCCUCCUUGUCGAUCAACGAAGCCCCGCAACCCUUGACGAAAACAAACAAACAAACACUGCCAUUCUUCGUCCUCGACGAAAACGGGAAAAAAGCUCCAGCGGCGUGAUGCCCUAGAGAGAAAACUCGCAGACCGCUAUUCAUUUAAUUUGUUGAAUAACGGGCUCAACACAUUGUGUUACACAAUAUACCUGUUUUUGACAAGUGGAGGAUGAAAGCUGAUCCCAAUACCCAUAGUCGUUAAAGCCGGGGUGCAUAUUUGAGUUCCACUUCU